AUGGAGAAUAUGGGUUCAUACCACCACCAACAGCAAUGGUCAGGCUGGGGUUACCAAAGCCAUGCCAGCCAGUACCCCAGAUACUCUCAGCAGCUACCCAGUUAUGCCGCUUAUCUCCCUGAAUCGAUGGAGCUCUACAAUGCUCACCAGGGCCAUCUCCUGCACCAUCACCAAAUGUCUAGAACAACUGAGACAAAACCCCGACUCUCUAAAGAAGAGGUCGAGGUGCUUGAGGCUGAGUUUCAAAAGAACCACAAACCCAACAGCACGAUAAAGAAGGCGUUGGCUGAGUCGAUGAGAGUUGACAAUGCUCGUAUCAAUAACUGGUUCCAAAACCGACGAGCACGGGAGAAGAAGGAGAAAAACAUCCGCGAAUACGCGGCCAAGCAAAGAUUGGACAAGGACACGACUGCCAACGAUACCGGAAUCCACUCAGACGAUGAUCGCCUCUCUGAUCGUGUUGUUUCCAGCGCUCCCUUUCCGGCCCCGCGCAUGGUUGGAUCCCGAACAACAAGCAUAUCGAGCUUAGAGCACGAAAGCGAGAAUGAUAUCAGCCAGUCUGACUUUGGGGCUGUGUCUUCUCCAGAUCUGUCUUCCCAACCAACGCCUGAGCCAUUGUCUGCAUCGACCACUACCUCUCUGGCUUGCUACGGUCAGUAUCCUCAAUUGGUUGUGCCGAACGAAGAGGACGAGCCUACUCCUUCUCUCCCCCAGCAGUGCUUCCCCCGACUGUCAACAUCGCCUCUCCAAGAGCAAUAUGUGUACCCACGAAACAGUCUCAUGGUCAGACAGUCCAACCAGCCCUCGAUGCUAAAGCCUUCUCCCUCAAUGGAUAUUGCUUCUCGCCGAAACAAGCGCGCUCCCCAGAUUGCCAUCAACGCCUCUCGCAGUUUCUCAGCAACUGGACCUAGAACUGGAAUUGACAUGGGAAGAAGGGCAGACGUUGGUCAUUCCAUGCGACGUGUUGCUUCCGCAACUGGAGUUGGACGCAUUAGCAAGCCCAUCAGUGGUCCUCGAAGCCCCUAUUUCGAAAGAAACCCCGAGGUGCUGUUGCAGCUCAACCGUUCCCCCAACUUCCAGAAGGCGACUACUAUUGCACCACCCACUCCCAACACUCCUGUUGUUGCGAACCAGCCAGGACUAUGCGAAGCUACGCCAGCCAGCACAGUGACAUACGACGAGAAAUAUUCUAUGGAUCUGGCAAUUCAUGACCCAACUCUACGAACCCCUCCUACCACUCCCGGGGUCAUGGAUCAGUUGUACAACAACGAUUCUAGCUACCAAGUUGCCGUCACUGAUGAGCCUUUGGUGACACCAGGGCUGACUGCGUUCCCCAACGACUUCGGAGUACCUGGCGCACCAAGCCAGGUACCCAGCUAUCUAUCGCAUGGAUGCGCUAGCCAGCCUCAAACCCCAUCAUAUGCUGCCCCAGUGGGUCCUACCUAUUUUGGCUUCGCUGGAGGCAAUGCUGAGUACAACUGGUCCGAUGACGCCUCGCUGUCAGCACACUCAUCUCCUGGACAGAACCAGCAGAAUGUCAACUUUAUGAACAUGACCCCCUCGAGCUUCACCUACUCCGACAGGUAA